AUGGCCUCGCAGCCCACGCCGGCAUGGGUGCUGCUGCUCAGCCUGCUGGCCGGCUGCCUGCCCGCCGGGCAGCCCAGGGACUUCACCGUGAAGGACAUCGUCUACCUCCACCCUUCCACCACACCGUAUCCUCAUGGAUUUAAGUGUUUCACCUGUGAAAAGGCAGCAGAUAAUUAUGAAUGCAACCGAUGGGCUCCGGAUGUCUAUUGUCCGAGAG